AUGAAUCAUGGAUCCAGCCGUGUGCACCCGGGGGAGAGCGGCGAGCUGACCAAUCAUGAGCAUCAGAAACACACACUCAAACGCAGCCAGCCUUUUGUUGUGUGGCUCAUCAAGUCUGAAGACAACUAUCCAUUUGGCAGAAUGGAAAUCAGAAGUCCAGUCGUCAGUGCGGGUUUGUCCGAGUGGGUGGCAGAGGCAGCGUCAUUUAUAAUGUCAGCUGGGACCGGAGAGCCCUCUUAUUCCCAGACUGGCCAACCCUCUCUGCUCAGCGGCUCUCCCAAGGGCCCCACUGAGAAUACUGCUCAGAUCCAGGCCUCUGAGCCCUCAAAGCCGCCGUAA